CUCAACUCAAGCGAUAACAUGGCAUAUAGACUAAUCGUUUUUUGUAAACGCGGCAAUCACAGUAUUGCAGAUAAAAAUGAACUCAAGUUAUUCGUUUAAUUUUGAUAGAUCUGUUGAAGCCAGAAGCACAUCUACACCUGUGAGCGUUUCGCUCUCGUCGUUGCACAGGGCUCUCAUUGAAUACGCAACAGUUUCUUCCCGAUUGCUGUUUAUACAGGAUCCUGAUGUGUACACAGAUUUCCAUCAUCCCAACGAAAGAUUUAAUGAAUAUUCGAACGUGGAGCUAUGCGAGAUUAUGCUGAAAUCGGUUUUACCAAAUGUGCACUUAUACCAACUGCCGACUACGAUAAAGGAUCGCCUGAAAUUGUUGGAGCUGAAUCCGUGUUUCCAAAAAACACACCACGGGUUUCAGUACUCACCGAACCUCCUUGGGGUUCAAUUUGUUUUACAGCCAAAGACUGAUUUUAGCCUGCCCGAAGAACUGCCAACAAUAAUGUCCGCACAGCGUGCCCAAACAGGUGGCACGACCUUCCAGAAGGAUGCUCUGAUGCGUGCCGGCAGUAGUUCCCAUACCAUGUUACUUGGCAACGAUGCCCGUGGGCCCAAGUUUGAAUUGAGCAUGGAUAUUGCAGCACCCCUCUCCGCAAUGCUAUCCAACGACUGGGAACUAUCUUCCAAUGAGCUGCAUCAUACAUGUAAAAUCAAAAGACGUUUGCAGCGCGCCAAGUAUAAUUUCCAGGAGACUGGAAACGCCUCACCAUAUCGUACAAAUCUCUUGCAACUUGUUGAUAAUAUGGAUAUGUUUGAUAAGCUCAAAAAACAUCUG